AUGCCCUUCCUGUCAGUAGAGCUCUCCUGGCUGGAGGUGGGGAACGAGGAGAGAAACCUUGUCGGAGAACAAACUUUAUUAAAUCAUGCUUUUCUUUUACUUACCAGUUACAAAGGUCCACUGUUAGAUGACGGAGCGCUGGCUCAGGCAGUCUCUCGUGGAGCCAGUUCCCCGGAAUUCACCAAACUCUGCGCUUGGUUGGUAUCUGAGUUACGACUAUUCUGUAAACUAGAGGAAAAUGUACAGGCAACUAACAGUCCAAACGAAGCAGAAGAGUUUCAACUUGAAGUGAGCGGGUUACUGGCUGAAAUGAACUGCCCAUAUGCAUCGCUAACAUCAGGCGAUGUAACAAAACGCCUUCAUAAUCAAAAGAACUGUCUCUUGCUGCUCACAUACCUCAUCUCAGAACUGGAAGCUGCCAGAAUGCUGUGUGUGAAUGCCCCUCCUAAAAAAGCACAGGAAGGAGGUGGCAGUGAAGUCUUUCAGGAGCUGAAAGGCAUAUGUAUUGCUUUAGGCAUGUCCAAGCCUCCAGCCAACAUAACGAUGUUCCAGUUCUUCAGUGGAAUUGAAAAAAAACUGAAGGAAACCCUAGCGAAGGUUCCACCUAAUCAUGUUGGAAAACCUUUACUGAAGAAACAGCUGGGACCAGCUCACUGGGAAAAAAUUGAAGCAAUGAAUCAAGCCAUAGUCAAUGAAUAUGAAGUCCGAAGAAAACUAUUAGUCAAACGUUUGGAUGUAACAGUGCAGUCCUUUGGCUGGUCAGAUAGAGCUAAGAGUCAAACAGAGAAGCUGGCUAAAGUCUACCAGCCGAAACGUGCCCUCUUAUCUACUAAGUGCACUAUUUCCGUUGCAAAUCUCUUGGCAGCUCGGCAGGAUCUGUCAAAGAUUAUGAGAACCAGCAGUGGGUCCAUCCGAGAGAAGACUGCCUGUGCCAUUAAUAAGGUGCUAAUGGGCAGAGUGCCUGACAGAGGAGGAAGACCCAAUGAAAUUGAACCGCCACCUCCUGAGAUGCCACCUUGGCAGAAAAGACCAGAGGCUGGUCCACAACAAAGCGGCGGCAGAGGAGGAAGAGGUGGCUAUGAAUCCUCGUAUGGAGGGCGAGGAGGUUAUGACCAUGGGGGUCAUGACCGAGGAGGAAGAGGAGGCUACGACUCAUCAUACGGAGGGCGAGGAGGUCAUGAACAAGGAAGCCAUGAUCGAGGAGGACGAGGAGGACGUGGUGGUUAUGAUCACGGCAGCAGAGGAGGAGGAAGAGGAAACAAGCUCCAAGGAGGCUGGACAGAUGGCGGAGGUGGUGGCUACCAGGAUGGUAGCUACAGGGAGAGCAACUACAGAGAUGCAGGUUUCCAAACGGGUGGCUACCACGGUGGUGGUGGUGGUGGCGGCGGCGGCGGCUACCAAGGAGGAGGCUAUGGUGGCUACCAGUCUUCAUACACAGGAAGUGGCUACCAAGGGGGUGGUGGCUACCAGCAGGACAACAGAUACCAAGAUGGUGGGUCCCACAGUGACCGAGGGGGUGGGCGUGGAGGAGGGAGAGGUGGCCGUGGUGGUCGCGGUGGCCGUGGAGGUCAAGGAGGGGGCUGGGGAGGCAGAGGUGGACAGAACUUUAAUCAAGGGGGGCAGUUUGAGCAGCACUUCCAACAUGGAGGUUAUCAGUAUAAUCAAUCUGGCUUUGGACAAGGAAGACACUUUACAAGCUGAGGCUACUAAAAAUUUUUACUUCAGCAGAGCUCAAAUAAUAGAAACCUGUUUUCGGAGGCCUGGCUUAAUGCUUCUUGAAUUAAUACAGAAUUGUAUGUGGCAGGCAGGAUCUGUUUGGGUGGGAUGUUUUGCUUUGAGAAAACUGCAGGUUUCUGUAGACCUUUUCUAUUAUCUGAAUGAAUUAAAUGCAUCGUCAUUCUCCACUGCACGUCACCUAGACUAAUAGCCAUGCUUUUUAGAUGUUGGACUGAUUUUUUUUUUUUUCUCUGCUGGAACACUUCUGUUCUGAAACUACCUGCUGUAUUUGCCCUCCACUUUGGUUAGAGAAAUAUCAAGAUCUGUCUGGUCAAAUUGUAAUACACAAUGGAAUUUCUGCAUUCUUCCCCCUAAUCAUUAAUCGGUUAUAGUCUAAAACCGGUUCUGAAUAUUGCUUUUGACUUGCUCGCCUGUCAUUUUAGUCAAGAAAAUGUUACACACACAUGCACGUGCGCAGUGAAUUCUCUCUAACAUACAGGUUUGUUGUCUAUUAUAUGAGCUCUACUGUAGAUGCCAUGUUCAGUAGCCUUAUCUUCCAUUAAACAAAGUUUUACCACCUGCUCAACUCUGGAGACUGACCGCUGCCAAAACCUGCAAAGAUCAUUUAAAACUAAGCUAAAUUGUGAACUGAUAGUGUAUGUAGGCCUGUAGUUAGGUGUAGCAAUUCAAACUGACCUGCAUCCAUCCAAAACAAGUUGCUCCUCCUCCAAACCUAAUUUUUACUUGAAAUCAGCUAGAAGAAAUGACAAACUGAAAUUUAUUUUAUUUGCAAGUUAAUACCACUGGCUCAGCUAAAUCUAGGGCAAUUUGUUUUGGGGGUUGUCUUUUUUUAAAGAAAUGCACUACGGCCUGGGAAGAUGAGUUCCUGCCUGGAGGAAGCCCUUUUAUUAUUGCUGCAGAAAACAAAGCCUGGCUGAGUUUGUUGUUCUAAUGUUUUUUUUUUUUCUUUACUGAGAGCCACAUAAUGCUUCUUGCUGGGUUUUUUGUGUACAUAAACAUUGUCAAGCUGUGAAAGAAAAUGGCUGAAGGUGUGCUGUUGUAUAAAAGGUGAGCAAUAAAAGUAUCUGUAUGUUC